GCUGAGGUCUUGUUCCCUCCUACAUUUCGUAAGCCAGAGAAGAUAUCUUUGGAGGAUAAAUAGACAAACAAAGAGACGAAACUCCAAUAUCUGGGCAGGCGGCGGCUCUGGAUCCACUGCCCACAUCCCGCUCUCACAGGCAGACAUGAGGGCAGAGAGAAUGUUCCCCCUCCUGGCUCUGGGGCUCCUGGUGGCUGGACUGUGCUCCAGGGUCCACUGCCUCCCGGAGAAUGUGACCCCAGAAGAACAGCACAAAGGGACAUCUGUGGAUGACCACUCAUUAGCCUCCAGCAACACCGACUUUGCCUUCAGCCUCUACAAGCAGUUGGCUUUGAAGAACCCCAAUAAGAAUGUCAUCUUCUCCCCUCUGAGCAUCUCCAUAGCCUUGGCCUUCUUGUCCCUGGGGGCUCGUGGCCCCACCCUGACAGAGAUCCUGGAAGGUCUCAAGUUCAACCUCACAGAGACUCCCGAGAGAGAAAUCCACCAGGGUUUCCAGCACCUCCUGCAGAUGCUCAGUCGACCCAGCAAUGAGCUGCAGCUGAGCGUGGGCAACACGAUGUUCGUGCAGGAGGAGCUGAAGCUGCUGGACAAGUUCAGGGAAGAUGCUCUGGCGCUGUACGCCUCCGAGGCCUUCUCGACCAACUUCAAGGAUCCUGAAGCUGCCAAGAGUCUAAUAAAUGACUAUGUGAAGAAUAAAACUCAGGGGAAAAUUGUGGACUUGUUCAAUGACCUCGACCCACUCACAAAGGUGAUACUGGUGAAUUACAUCUACUUUAAAGCCCAGUGGAGGACGCCCUUUGAUCCCAAACAAACUUACAAGUCACCGUUCCAUGUGAGCAAGAACAAGACGGUGGAGGUGCCCAUGAUGAGCAUUGGGGACCUGGUGACCCCUUACUUCCGGGACGAGGAGCUGGACUGCACGCUGGUGGAGCUCACGUACACCAGCAACGACAGCGCCCUCUUCAUCCUCCCCGACGAGGGCAAAAUGCAGGACCUGGAAGCCAGGCUGAUCCCAGAGAUGCUGACGAGGUGGCGAGAAUCACUGUACCCCAGACGGAUACAUGAACUCAACCUACCAAGGUUUUCCAUCUCCAGUGACUAUAAACUGAAAGACAUACUUUCCCAGCUGGAAAUUAAGAAAGUCUUCACCCAGGAGGCGGACCUGUCAGGAAUCACAGAUGACCACAAGCUAGAGGUUUCCCAGGUGGUCCACAAGGCCGUGCUCGACGUGGGCGAGGAGGGCACGGAAGGAGCUGCUGCCACGGGAAUCAAGGUGGGAAUCACAUCCAUAAAUAAUCACAUCCCCUUGAGCUUCGACAGGCCCUUCCUGAUUGCCAUAGUUCUCAAAGACACCCAGAGCAUCAUCUUUUUGGGGAAAGUCACCAACCCCAAGGAAGCCUAGAGCUCCCCUCCGAAUGGCGGGUCCACUGAAGAAGGAGCUGGGUGCCCUGGUCCCUCGGAGCAGCCUGACCUCUGUGCACCGAGGCGAGGAGCAGCCCCCCUAUCCAACCCCACCCGCUCACCCUCGGGAAGGAGACAGUGACAAUGCUGGGGGCCCCUGUGCACACGGGGUCUGCCCUGCUCCGGAGGAGGCGCUGAACCCUACACCAGCAAUAAAGCACCUUCCUUGGACUGGA